CGCACCCUUCUGCGCUCCUGGUGCUUUAAACCGUAAACACGCGAAUUAUAACACAUCUCUACAAAAAAAUAUUUAUCGUCGCCUCGAUCUAGCAUGCUGUAAUUACAACCGACUACCAUGGUGACCAUACUUGCCAACCCAAAAUGGAGUGAAGACCUCACUAUACAGAUGAUAAUUGAAUAUGAAAAACGCGAAUAUCUUUGGAAUCCCGUAUCCGAACAUUACAAGAACAAGAAAAUAAGAGAACAAGGAUACGUGGAAAUAUUAAAUGCACUGAAUCUAGCCGACGUCACAGUAAAAGAAUUGAAAAAUAAAAUAAAGAAUAUACGGUCGUCGUAUAGCGUCGAGUUGAAGAAGAUUCGCGCGGCUCGGAAGGCUGGUGCGCAUGCGUACCGGCCGAGCGUCACGUGGUUCGAACACGCAGACAGGUUUCUGCGGGCGAUCGUCACUCCGAGUUCCGUGGACAACAGCUUGCUCGAUAUGCCGCCGGCGAGUGACGACAGCGAUGUUGUGCAGGAUUUGAGUGAGCGGAAGUCUCCCGAGAAAAAAAGUCCUCGCAAGCGGCGCAGCUCGACGCGGUCGUCCACUCCGUACGUGUUAAACACGCCUUCCCCACGGCCAAGUACUCCGUUCGGGAUGAGCCAAACGGGCGCGUCGCCAUUUGGGAUCCUCCCGCCGGUUACGUCCGCGCCAUUUCUCAACCCCCCCGUGGGGAUCGCGACGCCGCUCACGACCUCUCUAGCGACAAUUUAUCCAGUGCCAACGAAACAAAAGAAAGGCAACGUGGAGGAUCGAAACGGGGAACAUUCCGAUGUGCCGCAGGACUUGAGUCAGCACUCCGAGAACGGUAAUGAAAAUGAGUUUGAAAUGUUUGGGAAAUUGAUUGCUAGUCAACUACGGAAACUGCCGCUAAGCUUAGCUCUGGACACGCAAUUAAAGAUUCAGACUCUGGUAAACGCUGCAAGGAUUCAGGCUGUAUACCAGCAAUACAGCUAUGCAGGACCUUCUCAGGAAGCACUGUCGGUCCAGGCGUUAUCUAACGGGAUUUUGGCAAGCAUGGCAACGCAGAGCUCUUUUGCUUCUCGUGGAUUGAUGAGAAACGACUCUCCGGAAGAUAUGAGUCGUGAUCUGAAGACAGAGUAUUCCAUUGGAUCUGAGGCAGAAGACUAAAUAAAUGCAGGGAUUAUUGAUCAGAUCAGUUUUUCGAUGAGCUAGAUGGUUUAUAUGGUACGUUCCUCGUCGGAAUUGCAAAAUACCUCAUAAUUUUUAACGUAGAGUUAUAUGUUUGCUCAUUUCGUGUUUAAUGUAUAUUAGAUAUAAAAUUACUAAAUGUGAUAGAUGUUUAGGUGUCAAAUUUUAAAGUAUCUUAAACAAUGAUGACGAAUUAUCAAAACGCCAAUAAUUAUAUAGUACAAACGAUGUUAGAGAGAGGUAGAUGAUGAAGACACUAGUUAACGAAACAAUUUUCAAAAAAAGUUUAAAGUUUGCUUUUUGGGCUCUAGUCAUACUUUGGUGUUGUUAUAAAGUAGUGGAUCUCGAUGUUUUUGGCUGUGUUAGUUAUUUUAUUAGAAAUGUCCCUCAUUGUAAAGGACGUUAGGUACCGUAAAAAUUCUUCAAAAUUUUCUUUUGACUGACUUAAAAUUUGUAGACUCCCUUGUGUAUUUUCUUGACGAAUUUAUUUUAAAAGUGUGAUAGAUAGUAGAGAAGUGUUAUCAAUGUGAUUAAUAUAAAAUUUAUUAAUAUUAAGUGCAUGCAUGCAUAAUUUAAGGAAGAAAAACAUACCUCAAUAGAAAUACCCCAGAAUCUUGUCAGGAGUAUAUAUUUUGUCUGUUAUUCUAUG